ACCACUCGACUUUAGCUCAACAUCGCAGCAAGAAGAGGUUGAAAAGUUGUGAGACGAUUUGGAAACCAUGCUCGAGUUGUAUGAGAAGCGCAGGGCGCUGCUGCUGCUGAGGCUUGCAGCUAUGUUCUUGAGCCUCGCUGCCUUGCUCAUCACAGUUCUCAAUCGAGAGGAUGGUUUCUUUUCUAUCAAUGUCUUUGGAUCGCCACAGCCAAUUCUCGCCAAAGCUACCGCCGAUUUCACGCUCGUCAAGGGACUUAAGUUUUUCGCGGGAGCAAUGGGCAUUGUGGCUGGCUACUCUUUCCUGCAGCUAGCAAUCGCAAUGGCAUCAAUUUUCUCAGGAGCUCCAAGCAUCUUGGGAGGGAAACGUAUGGCAUGGCUAUGCUUCGUGGGAGACAUGACAGCGUCGCACCUGUGUGCGGCUGCAGCUGCGGUUUCUGCACAGCUGGCGUACUUGGGCAAGCGAGGCGCACCAAUGUGGAGUGCGGUGUGCACAUAUUUCAGUCACUACUGCCUUGUGUUUGGUUUGGCCGUGAUUUUGGCCUUCUUGGCCACUCUGGCAGCACUUCUGGUGGCUUCAAUCUCUUCGUACCACCUGUUCCGGCUGUAUGGCAUUCUGCAGCAGCAGCAGCAGCAGCAGCGGCGACAGCAGCAAGAGCAUGUUCAAGACAAGCCAUAACACAAACAAUGGCCUCUAGUCUUAAGAUUGAAAAUUAAAUCAACUAAUGUAUAAUUUAAGUAAAUAUAUCAUUUUUCUUAUUA